AGUGAGCGACACAGUUGCAUAAUUUGUUCGAUCACCUCCAAUAACCUCAGAUUACUCACGCAAUCUUGGAGUUCAAAAAUGGAAACGAAUCCAUCUUCUUCGAACGUACUUGGCCUACCAGGACAAUCUAUCGAACGGACCCUGAUUGUUGCAGAAGAUGACAUACCGUUUGAGACUUUGACUGAUUUUGUAAUCCAAACCACGCGAAGAGAGGAACAAGAUGAUGGAUUUUACAUAAUGAACAUGGAGAGAACCAUAAGUACAUACAAUAAGGUAAGAGUAUUGGCUCGCCAUUGUAUUUCCCAAUACAGAUCGGACGCUCAUAUUGUAUAUAUUACAUACAAUUCACGCUGUUUUAAAAAUACGAAAAAAUUCUAUAUAGAAGAUGGUGAGAUAUUACUUCGUAUGCCUUAGCUCCCGUCUACACACUUAUGAGUCCACAGAUUUUUGUUUCAGGAUUUUUUUAAUCGGGAAACAAAAUACCUUCGCCCACGUACCGUAUGGAAAAAGUACACAAGCGUCCACAUAUGAAUGACCAUGUAUUCGCUACGUCAACAGAUAUCACUGGAGUCAACAAAUUACUGCAUGCGCAUUACAAAAGAAAUACAAACAUUUUUAUAAAUACUAUAUCUUUUUUGUUUUUGUUUCCAAUGCCAGGAUGUGUUCGCAUAUCAAAGAAACUAGCGUCCAAAUAUUUUAGUAGUAUACAAAAUAGCGGUUCAACGCCAGGCGGAUCAUGGCGGAUUGCGGAUCGGACAAAUUAACCCUAAUUAGAUGCGACAAAACAAUGGAACAAGGUGAACGGCGGAUCAAGAUCUGCUGUAGAGUGAUGUUGUAUGUUGCUAGGGUGACUUUAGACAAGCUUAGAGACUAGGGUAUCUAAUUAAUUCAUUA